UGCUCCUCAGUUUUAAGUUUCAACUCUCUCACACACACGCUCUCUCUCUCUCUCUAAUUAUUUUUUUCCUUCUCGAAGCUUACUUAAAAAACUCAGCUCAACAAAGUACAAAACCCACGCUUCAUCAGAUGCGCCUCUCUUCCUCUUUCUUCCCUAUUUGAAGCCUAACCUCUCUCCUCCUCUUCAUGAUGCUUAAUAGAGUCUUGUAGAAUGGUAGUAUCUCCAAAAUGGAUUUUGGGGUAAUGGGUUUGGAGGAUUUGGUAGGUCCUGAAGGUAGAGGAGGAUCUUCCAAGGUCUCAGACCCUGAAACCAAGCUAAAGGGUCUUGGAUCUGGGUUAGUUAAGCAACACAAAUCUGGGGCUGGUGAAGAUGACUGGAAGAGUUCUAAAAUGGCUAAAAGUGAUAGUCUUUCAGCUUACAAGACAAUGUCAUUGCACCAGGGCACUCCUUUAUUGAGAUCUAAUACUUUGCCCAUUUCUGAUAAUCGCCAACAAGAGCUUAUGCUGAGCUUCUCUUCGGUCAAAUCAGAGGUUCCUUUUCUAAGUAAGGAUGGUGGACUAGUGGAUAAAGCCACACACAACUCAGUUUUCCCUUACUACCAACGCACACCUUCUGCCUACUCUAGAAAUGCAGCUUAUGGUUCUGGAAGCUUGAAUUCAAGCAUGCAUGGGAGUUUUGCUGGAGUUAGGGGACCAUUUACUCCAUCUCAGUGGAUAGAGCUAGAGCAUCAGGCCUUGAUCUACAAGUACAUCACAUCAAAUGUGGCUGUGCCCUCCAAUUUGCUCUUCCCUCUCAAGAGAUCCCUCUACCCUUAUGGCUUGUCUGGCUCAGCUACUGGAUCUUCGCCUUACAAUUCAUUGGGUUGGGGCUCUUUCCAUCUAGGUUUCUCUGGCAAUACCGAUCCUGAGCCUGGAAGGUGUCGUCGAACGGAUGGAAAGAAAUGGCGGUGCUCAAGAGAUGCUGUUGCCGACCAGAAGUACUGUGAAAGGCACAUAAAUCGGGGCCGCCAUCGUUCAAGAAAGCCUGUGGAAGGCCAAACUGGCCAUGCUGCCCCUGGGACCACUAAUUCAAAAGUUGUACCAGGGACCUCCUCACUGUCAACAGUGGUAAUUCCCAGCAGUGGUGCACCCAACAACCUUGCUAUGACACAGCACCAGUUCAAGAACUUGCAGCCUGGUGGUGCUUCCAAUCCUUCUGUGGAUGCCAUUGUCAGCAGAGAGAAUGUUUGUGCCAGAAUGCAAGAUCCACGGGGCCUCUCCACAAUGUCCUCCACUAUCAGCCUGAAAUCUAAUGAACCCACUUUUACCAUUUUGAAACAAGGGAUACCAUUAGAGGAAUCCUCUCAAUCAGAGUUUGGGCUAGUUUCCACUGAUUCCCUCCUUCAUCCUUCACAUAGGGGUUCUUACCUAAAUUCUAAAAGCUAUGGUUCUUUCCUAGACUUCAAUGACCAGGAAUGCCAAGAUCAACAUCCACUUCGCCAAUUCAUCGAUGAAUUGCCUAAGGACCAGUCGAAUCUCUCUGUCAUGUCCUGGCCAGAAGAACUGAAAUCAGACUGGACUCAGCUCUCAAUGUCAAUCCCUAUGGCACCCUCAGACUUCUCAUCAUCCUCAUCCUCACCAACACAAGACAAACUCUCACCUCUAAGGUUAUCUCGUGAGUUUGAGCCAAUUCAAAUGAACUUGGGGAUGAGCACUGACUUCAGUGAACCGACUCAGAAGCAAACUAACUGGAUACCAAUCUCUUGGGGUACUUCAAUGGGGGGUCCUCUGGGUGAGGUCUUGACCAGCACCACAAGCACUGCAAGAGCCUGCAACAACUCAUCAGCUCUUAACCUCUUGACAGAAGGGUGGGAUGGCAGUCCUCAGUUGGGGUCUUCCCCCACAGGUGUCUUGCAAAAGGCGCCUUUUGGUUCACUCUCAAAUAGCAGUUCAGGCAGUAGCCCAAGAGUUGAGAACAAAAGGAGCCGAGAGGGAGCUAGUCUGUUUGAGGAUGUGCUUGGUUCAACUCUUGCAAGCUCCUCAAUUCCAUCCUUGUAAUCAAGAACAGACCUACAGAUGAUGAAGAACAGGAUGGAGAUUAAGUUAGUAGGUGGAAGCAAAGGAAGGAGAGCCAAGAAGUGUGGAGUAACUUCUUGUUUAUCUGAUUUGGAUGGUUAAUUUAAAUUUACCAACUAGGGAGUUGGCUUAUUUUAAUUUCAAUAGUUAUUGACAACUUUGACUGUUAAAGAUUUGCUGUCAUAGUGCCAUCUAUAGUUUUUUACCAGUAAAAUCAAUUUAUGCUGUGGUUGUGUA